AUGCUGCCUCUCACCGGUCGCGCCAUUCCAGGCGCCAUCCCAAACGCUCUUCAUGUGCGACCGCGUAUCACAUCUUGCCAAUUCCGAAUCCAGCCAGUUUCAUUCCUUUCGUCCUCUUCAGUCAAGUCGGCAACAGCAAUCGAACAGCGGGGACAGUCUGGCCAAGCACUCACUGCUUCUGGAAAGGUGCGGAAAGAGGUGCCCUUGCCGAGCCAGGAGAAAAAGGAGGGUGCUAUGCAAUAUGUCCUUACCACGCUUGACCAAGUCGCUAACUGGGCACGCCAAAGUUCUUUGUGGCCUAUGACUUUUGGCCUCGCCUGUUGUGCAGUUGAGAUGAUGCAUCUUUCGACCCCCAGAUAUGACCAGGAUCGUCUAGGAAUCAUUUUCAGAGCGUCACCGCGGCAAUCGGAUGUGAUGAUCGUGGCAGGCACAUUGACAAAUAAGAUGGCUCCCGCUCUCAGACAGGUGUAUGACCAAAUGCCUGACCCUCGUUGGGUUGUCAGUAUGGGGAGUUGCGCAAAUGGUGGUGGUUAUUACCAUUACAGUUAUUCUGUUGUUCGCGGAUGCGACAGAAUUGUACCCGUGGAUGUCUACGUUCCCGGAUGUCCGCCAACCUCCGAAGCAUUGAUGUACGGCAUCUUUCAACUUCAAAAGAAGAUGCGGCACACAAGGAUCACCCGCAUGUGGUAUCGCCGUUAA